GUUGAAUUGAUUCAGCCAGUGAUUUCACACUAAUUAUUUUUCAUAGCUUAUGUUUAAUUUUAUAAGACAAGGUAGAGUAAGCCAGUCAGUUACGGUAGUUGAAGUUGGACGAUAAUCAGCUGUCUCAUUGGCCGCGGAACAAACUGUAGAAUUACGCGCAUGUAUUUCACACACGUACGUAUUAAUAAAAGAACAGUGAUCGAGGUACGCGAGAGCUGCAAGCGAGUAUGACAAGAGCAAAGAGUGUGUAAUGUAUGUACAACUCUGAUGACUAGAAUGUUCAGUAAGUGAAGUUCAUUGAAAUCAGCAUGACGUACUGGUUCUGACAGUGCAGUGAUAGAGACACCUGAAAAUAAACGUGGUUAUAUAUAUUUACAGGUUUAAAAACAAUAGCUGUAGUGAUAUAUUUUUUUUAUUUGCAAUAAGUUCAACAUUGAAGGAUAGUCGCCAUUGAAAAAAAUUAACUACGUCCGGUUGGGCCUGUCUUAAGUUAUUAUGUUUAAGUUUAUAUAUAACCCAUGAUAAAUAGACUAAAAAAACUGAAGAUACCAAGGAUGAAGGUUGAAGGAUAAUUACGAGGUCGUGAAGGAAACAGGAAACUAGCUAUCAAUAAUCGAUUGUUACGCUUAACUAAAUAUUAACUUUGGCUGGUGAACUUUUUUUAUUAAUAAUCUGUGAAUGAGAUAAAAAAUUAUAGUGACCUUGACAAUUUAAGAAAUGACGAAACAGUGAUUGCUUCUUUUGGUAUUGUUGAAGAAUACUUGAAUAAUGAGUUCAGUGUGGAAAAGAUUGCAGAGGGUGAACAAGAGAGCUGCCAAGUUCCAGUUCACCGUCUCUUAUCAUGAACUUACUCUCGAGACAACAUCUAAAUGGAGACCCAAUAAAUUGAGUGUUGUUUGGACAAGGAGAAGUAGAAGAGUCAGCUCAGACCCAUUAGAAUGGGAGCCUUGUUUGAGUGAUCCAAUGAUCGGAAUAGUCAGUUGGGCUGUUCCUGAUAACCACACUGUGUCCGUAACACUUUUUAAAGACCCACGUACUCAUGAGCUAGAGGAUAAGGACUGGACUUUUGUCAUUGAAGAUGUCUCUCCAACGGGAAAAAGAAGGCACGUCGCGGCAACAAAUAUUAAUAUGAAGAAAUAUGCGACCCUGGAAUCAAGUCAGCAACAGCUCAAAUUAGAUCUCAAACCAACGUCGAAAAAAAUAGUCCGUGCUACGUUGGAGUGCACGUUAUCGUGUGUGUUCCUUCGAGAAGGCAAAGCUACAGAUGAAGAUAUGCAAAGUAUGGCCAGCUUGAUGUCUGUAAACAAUAACAGCGAUAUAGCGCCUUUAGAUGACUUUGAUAAUGAAGAUAUCCCUGAGGAUGUCGAGGAGUUAUCGCUAAAGAAUUUAGACGAAAUUCUUGAUAUUUCAACGCAACUAGAAAUGAUGACGAACAGUCUGACUGAAAACGAAAUGCCAAGUACUCCGAUAAGCGUGGCUAGCUUAGUUAAAGACGAUGCAACACCGGUAAACGAUCAAGUUAGUGUAACACGUGAUGUCAGUUUAACGGCUAUCCCUGAUAAUAUCAAGGACAGAUCGCCUAUUAAAGAUGAGAUCGCCGUUGAAAACGAUAAAAACGCUUCAAUGAGAUCAAAGCUACAACCAUUGGACUUGAAAAAAAAUGAAACAUGUGCACCACGUAUGCGAGAAAUAACACCGGGUCAAGAUCUUUUAGAGUGGUGUAAAGAUGUUACACGCAAUUAUUCAGGCGUUAAAGUUACAAAUCUAACGACGUCGUGGCGUAAUGGAAUGGCGUUUUGCGCAAUAAUUCAUCACUUUAGACCUGACCUUAUCGACGUGGAUUCAUUGUUGCCACAUGACGUCAAGGGUAAUUGCAAAAAGGCGUUUGACGCGGGGGAAGCACUCGGUAUUCCACGUGUUAUAGAACCAGCUGACAUGGACAUACUAACUGUACCGGAUAAGCUAGCGGUAAUGACGUAUUUGUACCAAUUAAGAGCCCAUUUUACUGGUCAUGAAUUAGAGGUUCAUCAAAUCGGUAAAACCGCAGACGAGUCAUCGUAUAUGAUUGGUAGGUUCAAUACGGACAAUAAUUCCGAGGUGAGUGUACAAUUAUUCGGUCAGGAGAUCAUUAAUAUGCGGAAAAAGGAAAAUAUUGAGCAGAGAAGCAAUAAAAGUGGUGAUACUAAUACAAACAGACGGUCUAAUCCGUUUGAUUAUAAAAGAGAUGAAACUUGUGGUGAAUCGUUGAAAAAUAAAUUGCAUCUUAGUUUAAAUACUGAUAUUCAGGAUAAUGAACCAGGCAAAGACAAAUCACCGUCUAGUGUUAAAGACGUCAAGGACAUUAUUCUCGCAAGUUCAAAAAGUAUCUUGGGAAAAGUUUUAUCGCCUACUAAAGAAAAAUAUACCAGAGAAAAGAGUAAAUCUCCACCACGGUCACUUCACGUUCAACAACGUCCAAUUCUCAUGACGAGACGUCAAUUAACGGAUCCAUUUGGAUCUGACGAUGAAGAUGAAAAUAUUCAAGUUGUUGACGACAAGUGGUCUCAAUCGAUUUCUAUCACCAAGUCACCGACCUCUCCACGAGACGAAAUAAUUGAUCGAGCUAUUCGAGCUAAUUCAGAAGGUCCUCGUGGUCUCUCUCCAUUGCACGGCGAAUUACGAUCACAGCAUCCGCUGGUCACUCGACAUGACGAGCUGAGAGAGCGUGCACGACAACUCUUGGAGCAAGCCAGAAGUCAAUCUAAAACAUCAGCAAUGUCUUCGCCAGUUUCAAGUCCCGUUGAUUCUCAGAAUGAGGACGAUCGGCAACAGCAGCUGCGUGAGCGAGCACGUCGGCUGAUUGCCGAGGCACGGAUGGGUGUUGUUUUAACUCCAAGUCAGCUCGGCGAUGAUAACAAUAGUGAUAGACGAUCUACCGAUGAUCAAAAUAAUAGUCCGAGACGUAGUAUGACUCCUUCAACACCCGGUGAUCGUUUGAGUAUAAAGUCUGAAUAUAAUGGAAAUAUACUGGCUAAUGCCAGCGCUAUUGAUAGUGAUAAAAAAAAUAAUUCACCCAUGUAUUCUUACAAUAAAAUAAUCGAGAGAAUUUCACCUGAUAAAAUUAGCCCGGAAAAAAGCCCACAGACAAUUCGAGGGCUGGGUAAAGAUAUGACGUCUUAUAUCCAAAAUGAAUUAGAGGCUUUAGAAAGAGAACAAAGCCAAAUAGACAUACAGGCGGCGAAACUUGAAAAACAAUUACGAGCCGCAAUGGAGAGUGAUAAUGAAGAUGACACUGAACGACUCAUGUCACUAUGGUUCACGCUUGUUAAUAAAAAGAAUGCUUUGUUAAGACGGCAAAUGCAGCUUAACAUUUUAGAAAAAGAAGAUGACCUGGAACGACGUUUUGAAUUAUUAAAUCGUGAGUUACGAAGUAUACUUGCUGUUGAGGAUUGGCAGAAAACAGCCGAGCAGAAAGUAAGAGAAAAUCUUUUACUUGAAGAACUAGUUUCUAUCGUUAAUAAAAGAGAUGAACUAGUCCACCAUUUAGAUACGCAAGAAAGAGCAAUCGAAGAUGAUGACGAGAUCGAACGUGAUUUAUCACGUGCUGGUUUAGCGCAACGAAAUAAAAAUUGCGUGAUACAGUGAAUAGUAAUACUAUAUAGCAAUAAAUAUUCAAUUAUUUUUUUUUGCUAAUGGAGUUGCCAAAGAAAAUGAUAAAAAUACGUUGCAUGAAUCGUGAUGUGUUAGUGAUUAAUUUAAAACUUACAAUAUUAAAAAAAAAAUCAUUUAUAAAUCGGUGCAAGGAUUGAUAAUUUUAUAAAAGUAAACUUUUUUUACCCGCUGUUGCUUGUUUAAAGGCUUUAGUUUUCUCACUACGUUAUUAAAUUUAUUCGAUAUAAA